AUGAUUACUUCGUGUACGUCUGCACUGACUCGCAUUCGCUGCUCAACGCCCGCGCCUCCAGCCUGGCAGUGCCUGUCGAGACAGCUGAACAUCCCCUGGGCUCUCCCAAACGCCCUGGGACAAAUUAGAACAGCAACAAAACGCGCAGGAGGCAGCAUCAAGAACCAUGGAGGAUCCGCCGGCCGGCGUUUGGGUAUUAAAAAGUUUUCAGACGAGUUUGUCACUCCAGGCUCAAUCAUCGUACGCCAGCGCGGUACAAAAUUUCAUCCAGGACAGCAUGUAUUGAUGGGAAGAGACCAUACUCUGUAUGCAGCUGUACCAGGAUAUGUCCGGUUCUAUAUCCAGACCUCGGGCCGCUUCUCGAGAAAAUAUGUCGGCUUGGUCCUCGAUAGAGGCGAACGACUACCAAGAGACGAAGCCGAACACGGUCGUAGUCGAUAUUUUGGGCUCGUCGAGCUCAACGGCGUGGAGACGGCCUGA